AUGACCCGAACGCGACAUGCCAGUCGCGCGAGCUUCGCAUGCGUCCGCUGCAAAAAGGACAAGAGGCGCUGCGACAUCUCACAAAUUCUCAGUUCAGGAGACCAGCCCGAUCGAUCAUGCACGGCAUGCCGCAACAAGAACGAGAAGUGCGAGGUCCGGUACGGCGAGGACAAGCGCAGUCAACGCCAACCGAACGAAACCAAGGUCCUGCAGAGGCGGAUGCAGGCCCUGGAGGAGUUCGUAAGGAAUGUUGCCAGGGCUGAAGGAAACCCUUCAUCAUCAAGAGACAAGAUGGACGUCGACAGCCUAAUGGAACAGACUCAACGCGCCUUUGAAGACUUUCAAAAUUCCAGGACACAAGCGAUUCCGAGUCCCGCCAACUCCUCAAGCCCCAAUACGCACAUGACCAUCUCGAUAUCUCCCCCAGACGACGAACAGGCUUGGUCGAAAACGCAAUUGGAACCUGUACCAAACUCUCUUCGAUCCGCGUCCUUCUCAGCACAGAACAGACCGAAGGUCGACAACCUUACACCUGACUCACAUCGAUCCGCAUCCUUCUCCGUCCCGAGCAGACCGAAUUUCGAUACCAUCUCUGACGACUUUCCUUCGGCAUUGGAGGAGGUGUCGUCUCCUGCAAGCAUACACGAUUUCGAUCCCUUUUCAGACUCUGCCAGUCUGUUUCCAUACUCCGAGAACGCGAAGAAGACGACCGAUCCGAAGGAAGAAUAUCGUCCAUCAGAAAAAGAAUUAAAUAUACGGUCGCGGAUGGCCCUCGAGACUUUUCCCGAGCCCGAGCCCAUCGUGGCCUAUUUACUAGACCUUUUCUGGCAGUGGCAGUCAUCCCACUUGCUCGUCGUUGACCGGGCACUGUUUCUCCGUCAUAGGCAGAUUUGGGACAGGAGUGAUGGAUUGGGGGAUCGGGACUUUUACUCCCCAUGCUUGCUGUACGCGCUGCUCGCGCUCGCGUCAAUGAUCAGCCUCGACAAAGGGGUCACGCGAUACUCCUCUCAGGCGGAUGGUGUUGCAGGCGAAGCUUUUGCGAAACGGGCUCGCGCGUUGUUAGAACUAGAAUUAGACCAUCCCAAAAUCACGACAGUCCAGGCCGCGUUGAUCCUCGGCUGUCGAUACGGGUCCAUGAAGGACAACUCUUUAGGAUGGAUGUAUAGCGGAAUUGCUUUCAGAAUAGCCAGCAAAUUAGGCCUUCACUUGGACAGCACCAAGGCCGUAGCGUCCGGCCAAAUGACUCCCGAAAUGGCCGAGCUUAGGCGUAGGGUAUUUUGGGGCUGUCAUAUGGAAGACAAUCUUUUCAGCGCUUAUUGCGGAAGACCGAUUUCAUUCAUGGAGUGGGACAUUACUGUAGCUGUUCCUGAUCGAGCGAUAGAUGAUUUCGCACAGAAAACGCCCGAUUUGUCGUUAACACUGUUGUGUGCUACCUCAUCUCUAUCUGUGUUGUGCUCCAAGAUACUGGUUGGGAUUCAUCGACAAAGACGCCAAACAACAACUGGCGAGCUGGGGUCGAAAGCCUCUCAUUUGCACGAAGAACUAUGGAAAUGGCGCCAAGGAUUACCCGAGGUUCUGAAAUGGUCUGGCGAUGAGAAUAAGUCGGCAGAGCCCUGCGUGUUCAUCUUACAAAUGAAUUUUUAUUUCGCCCUCAUACUACUUCAUCGCCCAUUCAUGCGGUUCCCUCGAGACUGUGACGACCUCAAGUCCAGCACCACCAAACCGUCACAAUCGUCAAUGAUAUGCGCCACGGCUGCGGCAAACAUCACCAAGCUGGUUUUGAACUACAGGCGGUAUUAUAACAUUCGGCAAAUGCCGCCGUCAGUAGUCCACUUCAUUUUCAUCGCCGGGAGUAUCCACCUGGUCAAUCUCCGUUCGACAAAGCUUGAAAGCCACAACACCCUUCUCCAGAGUUCUUUGGAGGCACUCUCGGAAAUCGGAAAGUCCUACCCUGUAGCUGAGAAGGCAUCUUUGGAGCUGGAAAAGUUGACCGCAAAAUGGAAAGCCUUGAACCUGGCCGAAGCCGCAAAGCUCCACAACAAGCAAAACAACAUUCAAACGCGGGGCGUUACCUUCGGUGGUGGCGGGAAGCUCCAGGCCCCUCACGCGUUCUCCAACUUUUUGGAUGUGGACUUUUCUCCCCUAAAAGAAAUGGAAGGGUAUUUCGAUGCUUGGAGCAACCAGCAACCUGCCGCUAAUAUCAGCUAUGACCACCUGGACUUGGGGUAUACCGAGAGCGGGCCCACGCUGGACCUCGGAAAUGACUGGAUACACGAUGCCGAUUUCGGGAACAUGGACGAAGGCACCUGUCCUUGGCUGUACACCUAG